UUUAUGAUUUCCUCAACAAGGAAAUUGAAUACGUACUACUUUUGCAUGCCUACAUGUUAGAGACGUUUGCUUGAUUGUCACAAUAGACAGUGGAGGGUAUUAUUUGAAUGUGGGACAAAAUAAUUAGUCAUGCAUGUGAGAAUAAACAUAGGUUUCUUGUGAGUCUAUCCAUGGAGGUACCUUCAUGGUCUAUCCAAGCAGUGUGUGUUUGUUCAUUGAUUAGCAAAGAGUCACAGUCACAAGUGAGUGCUUUCAUCAUGAAGUGAAAAACACAUUGAAAUUAGUAUUCCUCUCAUUGGAAGAUACAGGAUAUUCUUUUGACUUGCCAAGUAUGAUUUUCAUUAUUACUGAAGACUGAAAUGUGCUGAACUUGAUAGUGAUACAUGGAUACUUACCUGAGCAGUGGCUAUGGAGCACCUUGUUUAGUUAUUUGUAGUGUGAGAAACUCUAGUCAGGAAACAGCUUGUUAUCACUUCCAUUGACAGGACAACUUAGAUCUUACUGGAGAUAAUUUUAAAGAAUAAAAACUUAAAGAGAGGUAAUAACAGCGAAAAGGAGAAGAAAGAAGAAAGAGAUAUUACAAGUCGCUUGAACACUGAGACAAGCAGAGUGCAAAAGUGGCGAAACGAAAGACAGUCAUGAGCGACAUGUUGGUGUGUUUUACCUGCUGUAUACCCGAACAGCCCCCUCCGAGGAGGCGGAAGAUUGACAGGAGUAUGAUAGGCCUUCCAACAAAUUUCACUCACACUGGGCACAUAGGCUCAGGUGACAUGGCACCAGGAACAGAAAAUAAUCAUUUAAACUCAAUCCAAGUACAAAUGUCAUCGAAAGGUGGUUAUGAACAUCUAUCCCCCAUAGCUGUCAACAGAAAACUAAUAGAUGUUCAAAGAUCAGCAGAUACAACAGAAGAGUGACGCAAUAUGCACAUCAUAGGACACCUUUAUAUAAACCUGUACAGUUCGUAUCCUGAAUGGUCUGAUAAAGGCCAAAACUGACUGAGCACUAUUUUUUAAAAUUUGGGAGAGAGCGAGAGAGAGAAGAAUUAUAUAUUACAGCAAUCAAGAUGGUAGAAAAAUUUCUUUAACUUUAUUUUCAUAUUAUUGGUGAUACUGAGAAAUCAUGAAGAGCAACAGAAAUCAAAGUGUGUGUGUGUAAAUAUGUAAAGAAUGAAAUGACUUUCUGUAUCAUUGCUGAAUUCUUGGAAGCAUAUGCAAUCAGAGACAAUAGAGGAGUGUAAUUCAGGAUGAUGUGUGUGGAAUUCAUUCAGGAAAUCCAUGAUGGACUUGGAAACCUACAUGUACCUUGUCAAGCAUCAAGUGGAAUGCUUCUAGUGAUGAUCUGUAUGGAGUAAAGCCUUUUGACUUCACCUUUUUGGAAAGUGCAACGAUAUGAUUUUUUUAAUCUGUGAGCACCUGCCAUUUUGAAGUUGGAACUACCCAUAGUAUAAGAGCAAAGUUGAACAUCAAAAGUACCAGCAAUAUUGAACUGAACGCAUGUGAUAACAUCAUUCGUUUUUACACAGGAAAUCAAAGUAAAGGUUAUUAACAUUUUAGACAAAACCAUUAUAUAGAUAUUGCUCUACUUUUAGUCAACAGGAUACAUUGUAAAAUAUAAACCUAAAUGCCAAUAACAAUGUGUUUUACUGGUAUUGCUGGAAAAAUGUAUGUUUGGAGCGUGAAUAACAUUAACUCAUAAUCCAAAUCCAUGAUCAGGCUUUCAACUAGUUGGUAGAGUCUAAUGAUGGAUAUAAUAUGUAAUGUUUUAUUGGAAAUUGGUGGUUAAGUCAUUCAUUCUGUUAAUGCUCUGAAUUUUUCUAGAUAAAGCUGAUAAAUAUCUUUAACUUUCAUAUUUCUAGCAUACUCCAGCUAUGGCGAACAAUUUGCAUGUUGAAUAUUGAGACAGGACUUACAUCAACCACAAAAAGGAUAUAAUUUUAUUAUAAAAUGGUGUAUUGAUUAGCUUAACCCUUAUUAAAACUGGGGGAGGGGUCACUUUCCUCGACAAAUUUCACCGCUAUGCCGCCACACAAAAUUUUUUGACCGCGCCACUCGCUGACUUUUUACUUUUUCGUCUUGUGCAUCUUUUGAGACCAAAUUUGCGACGCCCGGGUAUGUGGUUAAGAAAUUACACAAUAUUUUGUAAGCGCAUUUUGGUCCCAAAAUUGCUAAAGAACGUGUUUAUGUGUUUGAAGUCAAAGCAAAUUGUGUUUUUCAACCAAAAAUCAUAAAUGUAUGAUUAUUUUCACUUAUGUUGGUUUAGAUGGAUUUAUUUUAUGUUGUUUAUGAUCGCAAAAGCGUCCCCGACAAAGUUCAUUGAAAAACAAUAAAAAACAAAGAAAUACAUAACAAUUAAAAAACAAUAAGAUACAAAGGAAAUUAAUUAUUUUUCUGCAAUUUUUUUGGAGAUUUUUGUUAGAAAUGUAUAAAUAUAUGUCCACCAAAAAUUAGCAUUCUACUAACUAUAUUAAGUGAGUUUAAAUCAAUAACAUACACAGUAAACCAAAAUUAGGGCAAACUUCAUACGCUUAUUUGAAUAAUAAAUUGAAAAAUUAUAAGCAAUCAAUUUUUUGAAAAUUUUACUAUACAUUCUUGUAGUUUACAUCAAUGGCCGAGAUCUGAGGGGUGGUCAAAUUGACCCCCCCAGUAUAUGUUGGUAAAGAAAUAGCCCAGUUAAGAUAGGGUUAAUGGAAAGAACUGUAUUGUGGUUUGUUUCUCAAUGAAUAUACCUUUGUAAUAGCAAUAAAAUUAAUAUUUUGGCCCACUUUGUGUCGAUUAUGUUAUUUGAUACAUAGAAAUUCAAUAUUCAAUAAAAAAAAUGCAAAAGGAGUCUUGUUAUCAAAUUAACAUUGAUAUACAUGCAGAGCUUGUGUGCCAACAUGUCAUAUGACAUACCAUGUUUUACAAUUGCUACAUGCAGGAGAAGUUUGGGUAGGUUUUAAUCAUUUUUAUCAAUUUCAUUUACUCUAUGUACAUGUGCUUUUUCUCCUUUUCUACAUAUACAUGUACAUUACUGAUGGUUAAGAACCACUGUAAAAGAGAACAUUUCACUUCAACGUAUCUUCCUUCUUGAUCAAAUUUUAAAUUGUCUAUUGUGAAUUGGAUGUCUUUCAUUCUCAUUUAAAGUUAUAUAAAGUUGUCUUUAUUUCAUCCCACAUUUUUUAGGUCACAAGCUUCUCAUGUACACAGAUAUAAACCUUUCCCCCAAUCUCAUAUCUUUUGAGGUCGUAUUAAUAUUCGUUUCUUUUAUUGAUGAUUUUGAAUAUUUUCAAAUUUAAUGUAUUUAGAUAUUGAUUGAUACAAACAAUAUUUUGAAAUAUGUCACAGACUUCCACCUUCAUACAAAUAUAUUUUGACUAUCAAGUGGCAUUUUAUUAUGAAAAUAUAUCUUUAAAUCUCUUUAAUAUGUAGUUGAUCAAUAGUGCUUCCAAUGAUUAUAUUGAAAUUAUUAGCAUUUUUUCAAUAUGAAAUAGAAAAGACUUGGAAUUGUCUUUAAGUUCUCAUUUAGUAAAUUAUGCAAAGCUGCAGGUCACAAGUGAACAUUCAAAACUGAAAGAAAUGGGACAACAAAAACAAAAAUCUUCUGACUUUCUCCAGAUUUUCUCUCUGAUUUUUAUUUUACUUCAGAAUUUUGCUUGCAAGAAUAUUGAGGAAAUUUCAAUUCAAGCAUGUGAAAUGGCCGCAUACAUUCGUAAUUCCGAAGCUUCGUUAUUCCGAAGGUUCGGUUAUUCCGAAGGUUCGAAUAUUCCGAAGGUUCGUUAUUCCGAAGGUUCGUAUUUCCGAAGGUUCGUAAUUCCGAAGGUUCGUUAGUCCGAAAACGAAAUGAGGUUCGUAAUUCCGAAGGUUCGUUAGUCCGAAAACAAAGUGAGGUUCGUAAUUCCGACGGUUCGUUAAUCCGAAAAAGAAAUGAGGUUCGUAAUUCCGAAGGUUCGUUUGUCCGAAAACUAAAUGAUUAACUAACCUUAUUUCGUUUUCGGACUAACGAACCUUCGGAACAAUGAACCUUAAUUCGUUUUCGGAUAAACGAACCUUCGGAACAAUGAACCUUCUUUCGUUUUCGGAUUAACGAACCUUCGGAACAUCGAACCUUAUUUCGUUUUCGGAUUGUCGAACCUUCGGAAUAAAGAACCUUCGGAAUAACGCCACAAAUGUUCGGAUUAACGAACCCUUUUACGUUUUCGGAUUAACGAACAUCGAGGUAUAGGCAAUUUGCGUGUUUCGGAAUUACGAACCUUCGGAAUAAAGAACCUUCGGAAUUACGAAGUGUAACCGAAAUGGCAGUUCCUUGAAGCAAUUUGCCUGUACUAUGUACAGUACAUUGAGAGUGAUUCAUCUGCAAUUUUAGUUGACCUAAUAAGAACAUUUUUAAGAACAGUGGUGUCCUGUGAUACAGGGUCCAAGAAACCGUAUCAGCGUAUCUUUAGAUUGCUGAUAAGUACAUGUAGUACUUCAACUUGUAUCAUCAUCAUUGAUUUAAUUUUAUAGUUUUAACAUUGGGUUUCAUUGAUUUUAGUUGAUUCACUCAAUAUUGUACUUGGUGAUUACACAAACCUUGAACCAAUAAGACACUUUUCUAAAAUAAAUGUUUUUUAAUGAUCUAAGUUAUAUUUUUAUCAGGAGUGAAUGACACAUUGCCACAAUGGUGAUUUUAAUGAGCCAAACUUGACUGGAAAGUGAAAGUCAUGCCUACUCAUGGCUGUGAGAUCAUAUUUGCUCAUUCUAUAUUCAUCAUGUAAUUUCUUGUUUCUGUUGCAAUUGUUUUUGCAAUCUCUGAUGCUUCAACUUUGUAGAGACUGGUUACCACGGGUUGUUUUUUAUUUGAACUCUCAUAUACAUCAAAGGAGGUCUUUAUUUGUACAUACUUUGCUCUUUCAAAUCAUUUUACAGAAUUUUGUUUAUGAAUUUCAUAGGGAAUCAAAUGCAGGUAUUUGCACACAAUUGAAAUAAUAUCCAUUUUGUUUCACAAAUACUGUGCAGGGGCCGUGGAAGCUUCAGCCCCCCCCCCCCACUUUUUUCCAAAACCGUGUACAAAAACGUAAAAAUUACCAUAUGAUUGUGAUUUUUUGCAUGGUCAGCCCCCCCCCCCUUUGAAAACCGUUCCGCGGCCCCUGCUGUGGACAGUUUGUACAAUGAAUAGAGAAUUCUUUUAUGAUAAAUGAAUGUAGUAUUUGUUUAUGAAUCAACACAGAAAAGAUAAAGCUGUUUUUUUUUUCGAAUUGCAUUCUCUUGUUUAAAUGUACUGAACCUGUCUGUACAAUGCUUGACUUGUUUUUCUUUGUUGGUACAUGUAUAUUGUUGGUCUUCAUAGCAGUACACUGAGCAAAGAUUUGAGGGACCAUAUUGUUUUAUUCAGUGCAAAAUUUAUGAAAAUUUAAACAAGUAAACAAGCCCAAUAGUAGAUGUGUCUUAAUUCAAAUUUGUGUUUUUAAAUUCCUUUAUAUUUCCCCCUUUUAAAGAAGAUGAUAUAUAACUGAAAUUAAAAGUUAAAAUGGGGUUAUAUAGGCUAUUUUUAAAAUGUUAUACAAAGGUUUGUGUUUUAUCUUUCAUUUAAAGAUUGUUUUCAUAAAGAAAUUGGUUAUCUUUUAAGAUUGGACCAGAACCAGAAUGUAAUUCUUUCCAGCUUAUUUGAAUUUCUUGAAUUGUAAGAAGCAUGGAUGUAAUUGAUUAUAGCCAAAUCCUACAGGAAAGGAUUGUACAAAUUUUGACAACAUGAUGUAAGGAAAGUAUAGAGGUACUUCUUUCCUGAGUUAAUGAAUGCUGGUAAAUCAUGAGUGUGUAUAUAUAUAUAUGCUAAUAGUUAACUCAGUUACUUAAUUUCUUGACAACAGGAGGUUCACACUUCUUGAUAUUUAAUUUUACUCUGAAAGGAAUUAUAGUUGCAGGGAAAGGAAGAGAAUGCAAAGGUUUGCUUUUCAAAAGCCUUCACAUCCUUAUAAUACUCCUCUGAAUACUCUGAAUUUCAGAAAUGAUAAAACAUCCCCUACAUGCAUAUUCCCAUCACAUGUCACAUGAGGGAGUUUCUUAGAACUUUUUAUUCUAACAUCUUACACAUAAUUUUUGUUAAGUAAUGAAAAAUAAAUUAGUUUGAGACACAACCAAUCUCAGAACCAGGGGGCCACUUCAGAAAGCUGUUCAUAAGAUAUGCAUGCACAGCUGGUGACCUGGGGGUGUUUCACAAAGAUUUAAGUAUGACAGAGUCCCACUUAAAUUGUGUGCGGUAUAAAAGACAUGACCGCAUUGGUCAGAUCAUGCAGAGGAUGCACACUACGGUGUAUCAAUCAAUAAGAUCGCCUAUUGCAUAUUUAAGUGCGACUCUAAGUCAUACUUAAAUCUUUGUGAAACACCCCCCUGUUCUUGUGCUAAAUGGUAUAUCCCUAUGUAGAACUCACUAUGACACCUAAGAACAUGCUCCAGUUGUGUGAAUCUUACAAACAGCUUUAUCAAACACCACCUAGCACUUUUUAUCAGUGUGUUCAUUAUUGUUCCUGAGAGGAUCCAGCCUUAUUAACACCUCCAUUUUGAUUUCCCCUUUAAUCUUUGAAAAAUAUACUGGUCUUAACUAGGCCCCAAUACUUUAAGCAGGUCAGUUCCCUCUUUCAUGUAAUGAUGAUACCCGACAAAUAAUUUGUGCACUCAAGAGCUGAAACAAAGAUACAGAUACUGAUGAAAUUGUUCUGACUGUAAUAUGUUGUACCAUGUACUGAACCUGAAGGCAUCAAAAUCAAUAAAAUGAAAAUGGGGAGCAGUCCAUCUUUUGAGUGUGCUUAAUCAAUAAAUUUGUUUGGUGUCCACUGCACUUCACUACACCCUGUUAAUAUACUUCAUUCUCCAAGGAAACAACAAAAAUUUUAUUUGAAGAUUCUGCUUCAUUGAUCCUCUUUAUGUGAAGAGAGUCAGAAAACAAAUCAUGAUGUUAUGGAUGCUGGCUUGUCAUUUUAAAGUCUUGUCAGAAAAUAAUCAUUAUAUUACUUCCAACAUCUCAUGACAAUGAUCAUAUAUUCAUUGCUCAUAUCUACUUUUGUAUAUUCUGUUUUCAUACUAUUGUUUUGCUAGGAAAUUUGUAAAUAUAUAAUAUAUCACUGAAAAUCUUGGAAAUGAAGAGAAAUUUUAAAAUCUAUCUUUAGCACUGAUUGUAAUCUUAUCUAUAUAUGUAAAUGUUUAAGUGUACUUACUCCAACCAAGAAAUGAAAAAUAGGAAAAUAUAUAUAUAUCAUUAUAAUUUGUGUGGAGAUAUGUGUAUAAAGAAUUAGCUUUGAUUGAUGUAUGAAUAAUUUGCAAGAAAAACGAUGCAUGGGUGCAAGAAGGUCAUGUAUAUAGUUUGGCUUUUUGAGAAAUAAUUAAAAUUGCAAUAUGCCAUUGAUAUGUACAUUCUGCCACAUACCCAGGUUCUAUUUACAUAUGACCAUAUACAGCACCAGCUAUACAUGUGUUAAUUCGUGUAUGAUAUUUUGGGUUUAGGGAUAGUGUAUAUUUUCUUUGAAUUUUUGAAUUUCAAGCCAUAUUGAAUUUUGAAUUGAGACUAACAAACACUUGACCAAUACUUCUGAAUUUGAUCAUAUUCUGAGUGAGAAACAUUGAAUAGAAAAAAAUUAAUGGGUGUGUCUUUUAACACGAAGAAAUAUUGGGACCACAUUUGAAAUGGAAUAUAUUUAAUCCAUAUAUGUUGCCUUGCCAAGAUUCAUCUAUUCAAACUUUUACUCAAAUUAAUAAAAUUAAAGAACAAAAGCUUCUGGACUUAAAUCUGUUUUACUUUGUCUGUUCCUUUAAAUUUUUCUUGUCCUAAGCUUCCAAAAUAAGCUCUGUGCCUGUCCCCCUUGUUUGUUUUCUUUUUAACAAAGCCAUAGUAAUUCUGGACAGAGAAUCUAUUCCUUCUAUAAUGUUGUGUUUUUAAUUGUCUUAAUUUUAGAGGCUUGUUAUGAUAAAAUAGCUUUCCUGCGUUAGUGUGAUGAAGUAUUAUGUAGACUAUUUUUGUUUCUGUAGGUUUUUGUUGUACUGUCAAAUGAUUCAUUUGUUUCUGUACUAAGCUGCUUUUUAAUGCAAUAAUAUUUUGAAACAAGUCAUUGAA